AAAGUUGAACAGGACAGAAGAAGAAGCGGAAGAGACACGACUCUCCUCUGAGUAAUCAGUUUCAGAACUAACAGAUUCAUUUCGUAAAGUUCACUCACAAUAUUUUCCUUGGUGAGUUAUCUUUCAUCUAUUGUUUCAUUUUCCAUUCCCAGAGCUAUUCUGAUCGACGAGUUUGUUUGAUUGCGAGGGUCAACGCCGGGAAAUUAGAAGAUCUGGUCUCAAGCAAGAUAGCUGAUAAAAACAUGGACGAAAAUACUAAAUCAGUAUCCGGAAAUGGUAGAACCGAGCUGGUAAAAUUCAUUGCUGAUAGCCAUGCCAAGCUCAUGAAACCAGCUGCUCGUUAUUACUAUACACUUAAAGAUUCUAUGGUUUGUGGGAAAAGAAGAUUAAAAGAUGCAGACCACAUGGAAACAGGAGUAUUUGACAAACCUCUUCCUUGCUUUGGUUGUGGACUCGGAUGGUUCUCCUUCCUUCUGGGGUUUGUGUUCCCACCUUUGUGGUACUAUGCUACAUUUCUUUAUUUCGGGAACUAUUACCGCAGAGAUCCUAGAGAAAGAGCUGGUCUUGCUGCUUCCGCAAUCACUGCAAUGGGAUUCUCUCUUGUGUUGCUCGUGAUCUUUGCUUUCCGAUGGUUUUAAUAUUUUCUGAGUUAUUCAAGUAACUAUGUAAGUACACAUUCCUAUAAGUCCCGUGCUCAUCAAGCAAUAGCAGCCGAACAUGAUCAUGUACAUUCACAUGAACCUAUGACUAUAAGUUUACUUCGAUCUUUGUUUCUCAA